AUGUUUCAAACAAAGAUCAAGUUAGAUGUGUUCUUAGCAAGUAACAUGAAAGAAGAUAUAAGUGAUUUUAAGGUCAAAGGAAGUUGGUUUGAACGAUCUUGUGUUGUUUAUGCUGGUGAUUCUCACAACAUUAUUGCACAGAUGCAUAAGAAGGACAUUGUUCAAAGUGCUGAGUAUGGGAAAGAUAAUCUCAUGGUUAGAGUGUAUCCUAAUGUUGAUUAUGCUUUCAUUGUGGGAGUAAUUUUGAUUCUUGAUGAAAUUAAUCAAGACAAAAUAAGACAACAACAAUAG